AUUUUAAAAGGAAUUAAAUUAGGGCUUUUUUUUCUUUUCUGUGUCAACAAUCCAUUACCAACAACAUUCCCAUUUCUUUCAUCACCAUUGGCAUCUCACUCACUCUUAUUCAAACCCCAUCUCAUCAUUGCUGGCUACAUAUUAACUUUCCCUGUGUUGUGUUUCGAGAAGUAGAUGCAUGUUUGAUAAUAUUAGAUUAGGAGAGAUGAGUUGCGGUCCUUGCUUUGAAAAGUCUUAGCUUUGUAUGGUUCAUUUCGGUGAGAUAGUUGGAAGGCCGAGAAUAAUCUCUUAGUAUUUCAAAAGAUAGCUAAGACGGGGUCAUUCUGUUGUGUGGCUGCAAGGCCACAUGCGUCUAAUGCAGCUAGUCGUGACUGGUCUAUGGGUCCACACGAGCCUUACUGGAGAACCAACACAAGUUUUUCACCCCCUCCACCAAGAUGGGAUAUCCGGUACCACUCUGAAGGGCAAUCAUUUGGUUCGCAGGAGGGUAGCCAGUUGUAUGGGUCUUCCACAUCUUCAAACAGUAGAGGAAGUAGGAGUUGGUUAAGAGCAGCUUGUCGACCAAAUCAUCGACAUUCUGCUUCUGAUGGAGCUGGACUGUAUGUUAGUAGCCCAUCUGAAUUUUCCCCAACUCAGCAGUGGACCCCUCCAACCAUACAAGAAAUCAGUAUUGAUGAAUUUGAAAAUUCAUUCCGGGGAGUUGUAGGGCCUUCAUCCUUUUCACCAACUAUAGAGGGAAUUUCAGUUUCAGCCCCGCUAGAUAGCAGAGGUUCAAUCUCAUCCCGUUCAGACAGUAGUGAUUAUGAAGCAAUGGUUAAAUCACAGUCCUCAUAUCGUAACCUCGCAACCCGUCGUUGCUUCAUGUCGAAACCGGUUCAUCCUUUGACUUGUCCAACUGAACAAGAUGGGCCCGUAAUUGCAGAUUUUGAUGAGCCCCAAAGAGACAGACAACGGUUUAGUACUGCUAGUUGUGAUGUUGAUUUGACUGAUGUUUCUGAAUCAAUUGAACCUGAUUCACUUAGCCACCCGUCGGUUAACCAAUCCCAUUUUUACAAAUGUGGUUUAUGUGAAAGAUUUCUCUCCCAAAGAUCACCCUGGAGUUCACGUAGGAUAGUUAGAAGUGGUGACAUGCCAGUCACUGGAGUUCUUUCAUGCCGCCAUGUUUUCCAUGCUGAAUGCUUAGACCAAACAACACCAAAAGUGCGAAAAAACGAACCGCCCUGUCCUAUAUGUGCCAAAGCUGAUGAAGAAACAUCUCCUGAUCCACGGGGUCUUUCAAAGUUGAGGAACAGUUUUCCUAGACUAAGACCUUUCCGUGAAGAUGGGCCGUCUAGACCCUGGGGGUGUACCCAGGCAGGCAAUUGUGUUGAAGGCGCUCUAACUGCACCUGCAAGAAACACCAUGUUGCUACUUAACAGGAAUCGAGCUAAAAAGAGCCUGUCCUCAAAGGGUAACUCAAGUAAGAAAAGUGAGUCUUAUUCAUCACAACUACGUAUUGGGUUGGGUGACACGGGAUCCCUUGGGUCUUCAAAGACAGCAUCUGGCUCAGGCAAAAAACCAAUAAAUUUGUAAAUUGUGUAGAUACUGCAACCACAAAACUGGUAAUUGAUUGAUGUCAGGAGUGUGGGAAAUGUGACUUCAACUUAUUAACAGCGGUAGAAAGAUUUUUGUAUUGUAGGAUGUAUAUCAUCCAAAAUGGUUUGUAAAAUAUCAAUCUAAUUGCUGACAUUUGAAAGUAAAGUGUUGGGUUGGAUCUAUGUUCAAA